ACGCGGGUGGAGGAGGAGGGACGGACCUCGAGUGUGUGUGCGCGCGCGCGGUGUGUGCACGUGUGUGCGUGCGUGCGAAUACUUGUGAACGGCCGUGUCGAUGCGGGGAUUUGGCCAGUGUGUCAGUGUGAAAGAAGACAAUUGACUCGCAGCCGCCGUCCGUCGGACGGUGCUCAGCUCGGCGGGGGCCUUCUGACGUCACAUCCUGCCCCGCGGCCUGGACGCGAGAGAGCCGCGAUCUCAUCUGGACCACGGUGAACGAAGCGGAUGAGGAACGAUGAUCCACCGCUACAAGAAGAUCCUCGGGAUCUUUGUUUUGCUCAACAUAGUUGCAAAGAUGCCGGCGAAUCAAACAGAUUCGCCAAAAACGGAUAUGGUCGAAGAAACGGAAGAAUUUACUACGACCAAAAGAAUUCUACCCGACAAAUGCCUUAUCAAGACAGAACCAGGACCUUGCAAGCACUACGUUCACAAGUGGACUUUCAACAAAGCCGAAGGAAAAUGCCGAACUUUUCCUUAUGGCGGUUGUUUAGGAAAUGAGAAUCGGUUUAACUCAGAAGCGGAGUGCCUGUAUUAUUGUGUCGGUGGUGCUGAUCAUACGCUGCCACCCUAUCUCGUAACGAAGGGCAGUGUAUUUGUCACAACAAGCACCACGACAAUGAGCACUUCACCUCCUACAACAACUAGCACACCACGGCCGACCUUUACACCUCCGAAACCGACGAAACCGCCGGUACCGAAGCAUCUACGAGGAAAGGAAUUAACUUUCAUGGAAUCUGGCCACGAAAAGACGUUUAUGUUCGCACAAAGCAAUACCUUCAUUCAACUCGACGGCCCUGGCAUCAAAACCUUCCAAUUAAGAUUGUGUCGUGAGAUAUCCUUCAAGUUCCGCACCAAACUUCCACAUGGCUUACUAGUUUAUCACAGCGUCAAAGAUCGUCCGGAGAGCCUCGAUCCCUAUGCCCUUUAUGUGAUAGUAGAAAAGGGUCAGUUGAAAGUUGUUCAUGUGUUCGGCAAACAGUCAACCAGUUUGACAGUAGGCCAAGGACUCAAUAGGGACGAAUGGCAUAGCGUUCUUGUAAGAAUCGACGUGCACGGAGCGAAGUUAAUCGCUAGAGUCGAUGAUAAGCAAGCCGAGACUACUCUAAAAGUUUUAGAACGUAUCGUUAAUUAUGGAGUAUCCGAAGAAUUAGCUUCAGUCGUUCUCAUCGGAGGACUGAGUUCCGAAGAACGAUUACAUGGAGUAAAAUAUAUAAUAGAAUCCUUCGUUGGCUGCAUCAGAGAUAUGGUUUUGAGUUCUGGAAAAUCUGCCAGCGACUUGCUACCCAUUCGACCACUAAUUGCGACCAAGCACGAGAAUGUGAAGGAAGGAUGUAUCGAUAAGUGCAGAACACGAGAAAACUUAUGCUUCGUCCCCGAUCAGUGCGUAAACCAUUAUAAUAGUCUGACAUGUGAUUGUUUCGGAACGAAUUACGAGGGUGAACGUUGCGAUGUAUACACCGCGACGAUACUGACGCUGAGAGGCUCCUCAUAUGUGUCUUUCCGCGUGUACGAUUGGAAGGAUCGUGUUCAUUCGUCUGUCAACAGGAUCAGCCUCGCUUUUAAGACAAAAUGGGAUGACUCCGCCCUGUUUUACGCUUCCGGUGAAAUCGACGGCACCCCGCAUUACAUUGCGGCUUCCAUUAUAAACGAAUCAGUUCACGUUGAACUUGAUUUCGGGCACCAUUCGAAAAUCUCCACUACAUUGGGCGAUUACGUCACAUCUGACCAUUGGAAUAAUUUGACCAUAUUCCAUAAUGGAUCUUCCGUUUUCGUCAGCUUGGACGACGAUGUAAAAGUACUAGAAGUGCCGGGAGAAAAUUGGAAUAUGAUUAUCGAUCCGGAAAUAUACAUCGGUGGUGGUCCAGAGCUCCACAAGAAGAAGGGUCUUCGGUCACACAAUAAUUUUGCAGGUUCCUUGAAAUAUGUGUUUUUCAACGACAAAUCGAUUAUAUACGAAUUGAAGCGUUCCAAUCCGAUGGUGCACUACAUCGGUGUGCUAGAGCCAGAAUACUACGAAGCCGACGUCGAAGUCAUUCCGAUCACAUAUCCUUUUGCAGGAAGUCACAUCUGGUGGCCGAUUGAACGAACCGAUUCGCUGAAAUUAAACUUUGACUUUAAAAGCUCAAAGCCAAUCGCGAUCAUCGCUUCGGGAGAUGUAAAAAGCAGUCGCGGUGUUGGUUAUUGGGAGUUACGUCAAGUGAAUGACGAAAUUCGUUUUCAAUUGGUACCAGUUAUAACGGAAAAUAUUACGGUAUCAACUUCAGUAAAAUUUCCUCCAUAUAACACUUCCUGGCACGCAGUCGAGCUGAAUUACACAAAGGGCGAACUCAAUAUUCUCCUCGAUUAUAGGAAUAAGCAGAGCAAGCUCUUUGCUAUGACAUUCGAACUGGGUGAUAAAGUUAUUAUAGGAAGCGGCAAAAGUAAUGCCGGUUUAGUAGGAUGUAUGCGUGAGAUAAAAGUAAAUGGCCAAAGAAUCGAACCUAGAUAUGUGAUUAAUACUGAGAGAGUAGUCGGAGAAGUUGCUUUAGACAAUUGUCAGUUUGUGGAUCCGUGCAAGAGACCAAAUACAUGCGAACAUGGUGGUAAAUGUUCGGUUAAGGAAGACAGGAUCACAUGCGAUUGCACAGACACCGGAUAUAUCGGGAAAAACUGUCACUUUGCACAAUACAGAAAGACCUGUGAAGAAUUGGCUCUCUUGGGAUACACGCAAGACGAUGUUUACAAAAUUGACAUCGAUGGGAAUGGUCGAUUUCCGCCUGCGUUAGUAAAAUGCGAAUUUCAAUCGAUUGAAGAUUCGACUAAGACAAUUGUCGAACACAAUUUACCCUCUCAAGUGGACGUCAGAUCCAGCACUGAGAAUGAUUUCUCCUUCAGCAUCAAGUAUAGACAGUUCACCGCCGAGAUGCUUCAAGAGCUGAUCUCGCAUUCACUUUAUUGCAGCCAAUAUGUAAAAUAUGAUUGCUACAAGGCACCCUUGGAAUUGCAUAGUGCUACUUGGUUCUUAGGCUCUAAAGGCACCACCGUCGAUUAUAUUGGAAACGUCAAUCGCGGAUCUUGCCCUUGUGGAAUGAACAGAACAUGCGUGAACUCCAAUUUGAGCUGUAACUGCGACGUGUCCGCCGGAAAUGCCGGAAAAUGGCUAUCAGAUGAGGGGUAUUACGAAACACCUGAUUCCUUGGGCAUCAUCGGAAUGGUGUUCUUGCAACAGAGAGAUCUCGAGGAAGAUGCUCGGGGACGCAUCACCUUAGGACCAUUAGAAUGCGUUGAAACAAAUACGCAAAAAUACGUCGUAACAUUCACGACGUCACAAUCGUAUAUCGAAGUGCCUGGUUGGAGGAAAGGUGAUAUAGCCUUCAGUUUCCGAACGACAGGCGAGAAAGCUAUUCUUCUCUAUCAACCGCCAAUCCGCAGUAACUAUCCUUCGUUCAUGGUCGCGUUAACAUCGGAAUAUCGAUUGACCUUCAAUUUCACUUUGAAUACUGGUACCAAUCGCGAAUUACAAGUAGAAAGUCGACGAAAAUUAAACAAUGGCGAGUGGCAGAAAAUUUGGAUUGACUAUAAUGAUUAUCAUGUGAGAUUCAUGAUCAACACCGAUUUUCGAAUGGUGGAUUUGUUUCCCGAAGAAGAGUUCGGUCCUUUCGAGGGAUCCAUGUUCAUCGGCGGUGCUACUGCAGAGCACUUAAAGACUUCUUCCGUUCGACAAGGUCUUAUCGGUUGCUUUCGAGGUCUCGUUGUUAACGGAGAGAUAUUAGAUAUCCACAGUUAUAUGUCGGUGCACUUGUCGGAAAUCAUUAAAGAUUGUAAGCCUUCGUGUCAACCGAACAAGUGUCAGAACGGCGCCAGAUGCGUCGAGUUGUGGAGCAAUUUCGAAUGCGUAUGCGAAAAUCGAUGGGCGCACUUAGGCACUUAUUGCGAGACAAAUAUCAAUAAUAAAGCACUGACGUUUACUUCACCCGGAGCGGUUCUUGAAGAAAAACUAUUUCGGAUGGACGACAACGAAGAGAGAUCGCAGCUGAAAAGUAUGCUGCUGCAAAAAUUUUUAAUUAAUUUAAGAACUUACGAUACUCACUCUUUGAUACUUUAUGCGAAUGAUCACUUGAAUAAUUUCGUACACCUCUACAUCUCAAACGGUACCAAUAUUGUGUAUCUUUUCAACGCUGGCAAUGAGAUAAAAAAUAUUACCGUGGAAAAUCCAAAUGUUAACACUGGAAUUUCUGUACAAAUCGCUAUAAUUCGAGGCGAGAAUUGGACUACGUUGUACGUGAAUGAAUAUAAUGUCACAUUGAACGCGACACCAGUACUUCUAGAUACAUAUUCAAAUAAGCCUUGGACGAAUCCGGAGAAAGAAGUUCUAGCACCGCAACGGCCGCCUGCACCUCCCGCCGAUUAUUUUCAGGUAAAUUUAGGGGGAUUUGAUCCUGACAAUCUUCUCAGAAUUGGAAAAGAAGGCGCUUUAAUUCAAGGUUACGUUGGCUGCCUGCGAGGACUCAUGAUCGGCAAAUACCUUGUCGAUCUACCGAGUUUAGCCAGCGAAGCAAAUCAUGAAGGAAGUAAAGGUGUUUUGCCGAAUUGUCAAAUGAAAUGCGAUGCAAUGCCUUGCAAGAACUUAGGAAUUUGCACAGAAGAUUUCGGUAGGCAGGAAUCUUCUUGCAAUUGCGAAUUGACAUCCUAUUUUGGCGAGCAUUGUGCUGAUGAAAAAGGUGCCGACUUUAGCGGAGAAAGCGUACUCCAGCGUGAAUUCGAACUCGAGGGCGAAGUGAAUCAGGUGAAAGUACAAUUGGCAUUCUCAACGAACGAAUUACGACAGCGAACCACCGCGUUGCUGCUGGUACAGACUGACAACAAAAGGAGCUACUACUUAUUGGUGGCCUUAACGUCCGAGGGACAGCUCAUCUUCGAAGAAGACAGGGAUGGUUCGGCGGCUGGAGUGCGCCUGAGCGAUCGGAAUUUCCUAAAUGGUGCACGUCAUAGCGUCUACUACGUUCGCGAUAACAACACAGCUACUCUCUUAAUUGACCGCGAACCUGUUCAACUACUGCCCAUUCCGGGGAUACCGAUUCCAGACGAGGACGAAGCUCCAGGUGCCACAGAAAUACAACUUGGUGGAUUGAAUACCACUGAUUCGCGAUUUAUCGCUUAUAAAGGCUACACUGGAUGCCUUAGUAAUGUCGUCAUAUCGAUUAACGGAGGUGCCGAUAUGAAGCCAUUGGAGGAAUAUAUGCUCUUUACAAAACAGGGCAGCGAGACCGUGCGGGCAACGAUACCCGCCGGCGUUAGAAGCGCUCAAUGUGCGGUCUUCCAUGUUCAACCGGGUGGUCUUGAACCACCCAAGAACGACAGCGUGGGUCGCGAUAAAGCGUGGGUAGAAGACCCACCAGAAAGAAUCCUGUACAAAUCACAAUAUUCAGGCGCCACGCAAGAGGAACAGGGUGCGGGAACGUACAUUUUUAUAGCCCUAUGCUGUGUCUUCGUGGCCGCGGUAGUCGGGUGUAUUUACGAGGUAUGGCGAAGUGCACGCAAGGAUCGUCAACGACGUCGCGCCGCGGCCUCGGGAACGGUUACGAGUACCGCUUCCGGUUCGCAACGAUGGCAACCGCAACAGUAUACGGAAUCUCUAGUAUCCGCGACCGGUGUGAAAGCGAUUGGCUUUAAAAACAUGAUGGACGACGACAAAAGGCCGAAUGGUACUCACGUUAAAGUGUCUAAUGCCAAAGAAUACAAAUCACUGCCGAAUACGGAACCCAAGGACGUAAUAAACGAUAAAAAAGUUCACAUAGGUUUCGCAAAAGCAGAUGAAGAACCAGAGAAAAAGGAGCUCCUAGGGGUAAAUACAGGCCUCGUCAUUAAACCUGUGAAACCGAACCCAUUCUCAAUGGAAGAUUUAAGAGAAGAACCUGAAUUAGAAGAACGCGAGGAGGAAGAGGAGGAGGAAGAAGAUGAUGAAGAGGAAGAGAAUACUCAUGAGCCAGAGACAGACGAGAAAAAAGAUCAACCUCAAAAGGAGAAACAAGAAGAUGAAACGAGAGACGACCAAGAUGAUGAACUUCUCGUUAUACCGGUAAGAAAUAAGGCAAGGAGAACUUCCUUGACCGAUGAAUUGGACCCAGACGAAACGCAAGCACUCCUCGAGACGAACUUUUCCGUGACGGGUUUGAAUGAGAUCAAAACCGAGCGUAUAAUACUCAAGGCGAAUAGUAUGAAUAAUACGAAUAAUACGAAUAAUGCGAAGAGUACCGUGGCGAAGAGACCGAUGAGUCUCGAUCUUAACGCGCCGAUCAAGUUCAGAAAACUUCGUGGAGCAGCUCGGCCCGAAAAGGUCACGGCGAGGUUGAUUAAUGGUGAUGAAGUGAGUCUCCAGUCUCGAGGUAGAGGCUACGUCGACGUCGCGUCCGCAUAUCGCACUCAAAACAAUUAAUUAAAUUGACUGACGACAAUAAUUAAUACGUUUAAAAGUAGUCGUGCGUUUCGACUAAUGUAAAUACCGCGAUAAAGCGUUCUCAAAUGACAAUCAUAUACACAUGUAAAUUUUAAGACGAUAUAUACAGUUUAUAAUCACAAUAUGAGCGUAAACGAGGUUAUUGAGUGUGAGAUCGAAAUAUAAUGUAGCUUAUUAGCUACUGUUAGGGGCACUUCAAAAUUUUAAAUAUUCAUUUAACCAAUUAAACUAUUCAUAACUAGCACGCAUAAUUGUACGCUCAAAAUUACAUUUUGCGCGUGAAAUUCAUAAAAAUUCAUUAUCAGAAAAUAAAAUAAUAAACGCGUUCUUUUAAUGAUAAAAGAUAAUAAUUAGUUAAUAUAUGAUAAGUUCGUAAAAUCGCGUUUUGUUUAUUAUCAUUGCAAUGUAAACAUUAAUUUCCUAUCACAAACUAUAAUUUAUGUAUUUUAUUUUAUAAAUUAUUUACGCAUAAAUCAUAUAUAUAUACGAUUCAAAGUUUGAUUUAUAGCCGUAUUCGGAGAGAGAAAGACGUAUCGAAUAAUGUAGAAAAAGUUAGCGUAUAGUCAAGCACCUAUUUGUAUUUCUUAUGUAGCAUGUCGUCAGUAUUUUUCCAGUAUUGAUUAGCUAUAGGGGAAGCCAUACGUACUUAGCUCGAAUAAAAGACUAUUUUAAGACUGUAGUGCCUAUAAAGUAACUUAAUGAUAAUGAGACAAAAAUAAAUUUACAACGAAUAUUUCGAGAUAAGAUAAAACCUAUAAUAUCUCUGAUAUGAAAAAGAAUCACAUAAUCUUAUUAAAAA